AUGGACCUGCGCAAGACUGCCAGCGAGGCCGAGGACGUCGCGGCCGGCUUCAGGCUCUUUCGGUUCCCUCUUCCCGAACACGAGGCGGACAUCACCGAUCUCAUUGUCGAAUUUUAUGGCAUCAGUUCGUCGAUGCAGAAGCUGUACUCUUUGUCUCACGAUCCUCGGUAUAGUCGCAAUUGGCCCCUCGUCGAGAGAGAUGCUUUUUUGGUGCAGUCGAGUCUCAAGUACACCCUUUCCGACAUCCACGAUUUUUUUGGCCGUUUGGACCCCGACAGAUCCCGCGCCGACAAGUUCAGAGAGGUUUGGCGGACCAUAGAGCUGUUCUUCUGGGAAGAGUCCAAGUCCUCCCUCCGUAUACGACUGGCAAAGUAUCGAGUGUUCCUGAUAGAGCUGGCCGAUGUGCUCUUGAGUAAGCUUCAAGAGCUUAGCCUCCACCAAGCUCAUCGCGAUGGAAUCAAGCUACUGCUGGCAACUCAGGAGCGACAACGUAUUCCAGACCAUUUCGGACGCAUGUCACUGAGCCGUAAUCCUUCAUCAGCUGGUAGCGCCAGCGCCAGUGCUAGCGGCAACAGUACUGAGCCAAGCAGUCCUGUCAGUGACCGUCGACUCCGGCGGGGCUCGGGCUUUAAUAUACCUCCACCUCCCCCAUUGGCACCAGAGGCUCCCAGUUCUCCGCUCACAGGAUCGGCAUCUGCAACCACCAGUACUAGUCAGUCGUCACGCUCCGAUACGAUUCGAGACCAUUGGAUUCAUGAUGUUCUCUCUCGCGAUGAGCCAGAAACGCCUUUCCAGAGUGAGGGGCGUCAAGUAGUAGGAUGCUCUGGCAAACCCAAUCCGGGAAUCAAGCGCGAGCUUCAGGAAAUGGGGUUCGUCCUAUUGACUCGCAUGCACCUCAGCGCUCAAAUGAGAGUUUACUUCUACCUGCGCGAAUCCGAUAAUCGCAUUCGUAUUGUAAUCAGGGUGCCUCGAGAUGGAGAAAAGGAGUACUACUGUCUUCCCCUUAACUUGUUGGAGGUCAUUAGACAAGGUCCCGUCCUUCGACUUUGCCGACGACGCGAUUCGGGGAGCGAGCUUCACGAGUGGGCUUCCCUCUAUUUUACCACCAUCGAAUCUAUGACGGCAUUUUUCUGUUCAUUUUUGGCAUUGCGUGCCCAAGAUAGGUACAAGCCGGUCUCAAGCAUCCGAGACUGGGAGAUGGAAGGGGAAGAGGAGAUUUUUGCUGGCGAAAUAAUCGAGGGGGUUAUAAGCGCGGCUUCCGUGUCUUCCAGGACAAAAAUACCGAAACGGUUCGAUUCCAGUCAUCAAUUCACAGGGGAAAUAGCGAUCGAUGCGGACGACUUCCUCGAUACUAUGGAUGAGGUUAUCGAUGAAUACACCAGGAGCGUGCGCUACGUCUGA